AUGGAAGGACGGAAUAGAAAUCGGUCUGUAUGCAAAAUUUGUGGUGUAGCUGCCUCUUAUUCAUAUUAUGGUGCAAUAGCAUGUGAAUCAUGUAAAGUAUUUUUUAAACGAAAUGCAGAAAAUCAAAAGAAAACACUUAAAUGUCAUUUUGAUGAUCAAUGUGAAGUGAAUAGAUGUAAUCGUCAUGUAUGUUCUGCAUGCAGAUUGGCAAAAUGUUUUCAAGUUGGGGUGUGUACUGAGAUGAUUCGAUCAUCUUAUCCAAAGAGAAUGGAAAAAGUCAAUACAUUGCCAAAAUCAGUUCAAAUAAAAAGUUGGAAAGACAAAUGUCCACAACAGAUAUCAACAUUAAAUUUACUUGAACAAGAUCGAUCAUUAUUAAACAGUGAUCAAUGGACUCAUCUUUCCAAUUUGAUUCAUUGCUAUGAUGAACAUAAUGUUCUACCAGCUGCCAAGGAUUUUCUCAAAGAAUUGGAUAGUUUACAGCCAAAAUUACGUUUUAAAAUUGAUUCAAAAAGAAUUCUCGACAUUAUUACAAUUAUUUGUCAAACAAUAGAACCAUUUAUUCAAUCAAAUCAUGAUUUUGCUUCAUUACCUCUUCAUCAUCGUUCAAUCGUAUUGCGUGGUUCUGUCGAAAAUGUCGGUUGUCUUAGUACAUGUUUUAUAAUGCGUCAAUCUGGUCUUAUUACAAAUUCAGCUUUUUGUAAUGGUCUCGAAAUCACUUAUGGCACUCUUCCAUAUAAUCUCUCAUUGAAUCUCACUUCAUUACUCGAUCCAGAUGUUAAUAUUGUUAAAUUAACAUUAGCACUGUUGGCUUUUUGCCCAAGUAAUUGUACUCUCUUCAAUGAAAACGCUUCACCCAGCUAUUUGAUCGAUAUUCAAACAUUCUUACAUAUACAAAAUAUCUAUGCUGAAUUGAUAUGGAAAUAUCUAUUGUAUACAUAUACCUUUGAACAAGCUGUUCUACGUUUUAGUCAUCUUGUCAAAUGUCUUGUUGCUACAUUUACUGUUAGAACUCAUCUACAAACUGUUACAAAUCAUAUUGAUGUUGUUGAAUCACUCGUUCAAAAGAUCGAGCAACGACAAAUGAACAUUGAGGAUAACUAA